AUGUCGAUCAACGCCAAUGCACUGGACGUUUGGUCCACGCUCGCGCCCGAGUGGGACGCCGGCAUGGGUCGUGACGGAAACGUCUUCUGGCAACGGCUGGAGAAGCCGGUCCUGGAGCGGUUCCUCGCUGAAAAGAAGGCAACCAAGGACGGCGAAGCCGUUCGGGCGCUCGACAUUUCGACCGGAAAUGGUCUGACUGCGCGCUGGCUGGUGUCGUACUUGGGCGGGAGCGGAGAGUAUGGAGGUGACAUUGUUGCAGCCGAGGCCCAUGGUCCUGUGGAUGUCACGGGCACAGACGGCAGCGACGUGAUGCUGUCGCGUGCACGGUCCUGGACCGCAGACAACGCCGACGUGACGCCGCAGCAGCGCAGCAUCCGGUUCGAAAAGCUGGAUGCGACGCAGCCCGACGAUUUCAAGCCGUUUUACGCGUCACCGCCUACCAACAAGCCUUUUGACGUUAUCCUGAUGAACAUGGCCAUCAUGGACGUACCUACGCUGGAGCCGCUAGCCGCUGCGCUGCCGCACAUGCUUGCUGUUGGGGGCGUCUUUGUCGGCUCGCUCCUGCACCCUGUGUUCAUCACGCCGCGCACGCGCAGGCACAUUGAGCUGGUGGACGACUACGACGACGACGGUGGCGAUGGUCGAGGCGCCAUGACGACGCGGGGCGUGCUUCGCAGCGUCAAGCUGGAUCGCUACCUCCACGUGGCGCCCUGGCGUGGGUAUGCCUGGCCCAACCAGUCGCGCGCCCAGUUCUACUUCCACCGCCCACUGCACGAGCUCUUCGGCACGUUCCUCAGGUCGGGCCAUCUGGCGCUGGACGGCAUUGAAGAGCCGGCCUUUACGCCCGAGGAGGUAGCAGCCGAUCGCACACUAGGCGAUAAGAUCGAGUCGUCCAAGAACUUUACCGAGUUCCCCAUCUUCAUGUACUUCCGUCUUCGCCGCAUUAAGUAG